CUUGGAAAAAAAACUCUCAAUUACACUAAUCAGGAAACUUUCUUUAAUAAAUCUUGACAUCGAAAAUCCUUGAUACAGCAGAGAUUCUGAACAAGAAAAAUGGAUUUUGAACUUUGAACAAUCUUCCAAGAUAAGGCUAUAACAGGAGAACAAGGUAUAGAGAGAUUGUUGGAUGUUCCAAUGGCUGGACUAGAGGAAUUAAAAAAGAAACUUGUGCCACUGUUUGAUGCUGAAAAGGGCUUUUCAUCAGGGUCAACAUUGGACCCUUCUGAUUCUUGUAUGCUAUCAGAUGGUGGAACUGUGAACCUAUUGAGUCAAUCUUAUGGAGUGUACAACAUUAAUGAGCUUGGAUUGCAAAAGUGUCCUUCAUGGACAAUAGAUGAUUCAGACCGCACUGAAAAGACACACAGGUGCGCAUCACAUGAGAUGAGGAUCUUUGGAGCCAUAGGUAGUGGUGCAAGUAGUGUUGUUCAGAGAGCUAUUCACAUACCCACCCAUAGAAUAAUAGCCUUGAAGAGAAUCAAUAUUUUUGAAAAGGAGAAAAGGCAGCAGCUUCUUAAUGAAAUAAGAACCUUGUGUGAGGCGCCCUAUCAUCAGGGUCUUGUUGAAUUCUAUGGAGCUUUUUACACUCCAGAUUCUGGACAAAUAAGCAUAGCUCUAGAGUACAUGGAUGGAGGUUCUCUAGCAGAUGUCAUUCGAGUGCGCAAAUGCAUACCAGAGCCAGUUCUUUCUUCUAUGGUUCGAAAGCUCUUGCAUGGGCUGAGUUAUUUGCAUGGAGUUAGACAUUUAGUUCAUAGAGACAUAAAGCCAGCAAAUCUGCUUAUAAAUCUUAAAGGUGAGCCAAAGAUAACGGAUUUUGGUAUAAGUGCUGGGUUGGAGAACUCAAUUGCCAUGUGUGCAACCUUUGUUGGGACUGUAACAUAUAUGUCACCUGAACGAAUUCGAAAUGAGAGCUACUCAUAUCCAGCUGAUAUUUGGAGCCUUGGGCUGGCAGUUUUUGAGUGUGGUACAGGUGAAUUUCCAUAUACAGCCAAUGAAGGGCCAGUAAAUCUUAUGUUGCAGAUUCUGGAUGAUCCAUCUCCAUCACCACGAAAGCAAGAUUUUUCUCCAGAGUUUUGCUCAUUUAUUGAUGCUUGCCUAGAAAAAGACGCAGAUGCAAGGCCAACAGCUGAGCAGCUUCUUGCUCACCCAUUCAUUGUCAAGUAUGAGGAUACAGCUGUUGACUUGGGUGCUUUUGUACGUGGAAUUUUUGAUCCCAUACAAAGAAUGAAGGAUCUAGCGGAUAUGCUGACAAUGCAUUACUACUUACUCUUUGAUGGAUCUGAAGAUCUUUGGCAACAUACAAGAAAAUUGUAUGAUGAGCGUUCAGUUUUCAGAUUCAGUGGAAAAGAAUAUGGUGGGCAAAAUGACAUAUUUGCAAUAUUGUCAAACAUUCGUAGGACAUUGGCUGGUGACUGGCCUCCAGAAAAGCUUGUGCAUGUUGUGGAGAAUCUCCAAUGCCAGGGUCAUGGUGAGAAUGGACUAGCAAUCCGUGUCACAGGUUCAUUUAUUGUUGGGAAUCAGUUUCUGAUAUGUGGAGAUGGUAUUCAAGUAGAGGGUCUGCCAAAUUUUAAAGAUAUUUCAAUUGAUUUACCUAGCAAGCGAAUGGGGUCAUUUCAGGAGCAAUUUAUAACAGAACGGGGUAGCAGCAUUGGCUGCUAUGUCAUAGCAAAGCAAGAGCUUUACAUUGUUCAAUAGAAUUCAGAAAAUAAGUUGUUCUUUGCCUAGAUAAUUUUCAAGGCAGUUCACUGUUUUCGGCCUAAUCAAGUAAUGUUGCUAGCUUUGAAAACCUAUGUAAAGGAUCAUGCUUGCUGGAUCUCUUAUGGGCAAGGCAUCAUGCUGUUUUCCUCUGCAUAUCCGGCAUAAUGAUGUUUAUAUGUCAGACUUGAAAUUUGAAACAUUAAGUUGUAGGCUAUGUUUUUAAUCUAAUGAAAUCAAUUAGCUUUCCGUGUCA